GCGACAAGGGGCGGAGGUCCCGGGGGCGGCGGGGAGGUGCUGGGUGGGGGGGGGUCUCCGGUUGCGCUGCGCCCCCGGGAUGCUGCUGCCGGUGGCCCCCGGGAUGCUGCUGGCGACGGCCCCCGGGAUGCUGCUGCCGGUGGCUACCGGGUUGCUGCUGGCGGUGGCCGUGGCCGUGGCCGUGUGCGCGGUGCUGCCGGGCCCCCCCCCGCUGCCCCCCCGGCUGCUCCUGGCCGCGCUCCGCCGCGCCGCGCGGUGGCACCGGCGCCGCCUGGAGGUGCUGGGCACCGACGUGCGCCACAGCCAGGAGCGGCGGCUGCGGGGGCUGCUGCCCCCCGGCACGGCCCAGGGGUCGGAUGAUUUUCGGGAGCGUCACCCCCUCACGGGGGGCUGCGCCGAUGGGGAGCAGGGGGACACGGUGCCGCCGCUGAGCCUCUGGGCUUUGCUCCGCUGCUGCUGGGGCUGCGAGCCCCCGCUGCAGGGCUCCCUGCUCUACCUGGACGUCCUCCACGCCGCCUUCCCGCAGGCGCUGGCCCCCCGCAGCACCGCGUUGCUCAGCUGGGCACCCGCUCGCCCCCGCGCCCCGGCGGGCUGGCCCCUGCCCACCCUGUACUGCACGCCCCCCGAAGCGGGGGCUUUGCCUUCACGGACGGCAGCCCUGCGGGUGCAGCUGCUUUUCGCCCUGCGGGCGCGCUCCCUGCGGGUGCUGGAGGCCGGGCUGGCCUCCGAGCUGCACGAUGCGCUGGCGGCGUUGCGCUCCGGCUGGCCCGAGCUGGCCCACGACCUGGCGCUGGGCAGGUUGAGCCCCCAAAAUGGGCUGCCCGAGGAUUUGCGGGGUCGGCUGCAGGCGCUGCUGGUCCCUGACGCCGCCCGGGCGGCCGAGCUGCGGGCUGAGUGCGCCCGGGGCUUCGAGGGCAUCGUGCAGCGCCUGUGGCCGCAGCUGCAGGUGGUGGUGGUGGGGACGGCGCACGGCGGGGAGCGGCUCUACUGCGACGCCCUGCGCCAGGCUGAGUGCAGGGGGCUGCCUGUGUACUGCCCCUUCUACCGGGCGGCAGGAGCUCUUCUCGGUGUCAACCUAUGGCCAGAGGAGCCAGAGCCCCGCUUCUUGCUGUGCCCCGACUGGGCUUUCUGCGAGUUCCUGCCCUGCCCGGCCGAGGAAGAGGAGGAGCAGCGGACGGUGCUGCUGGGCGAGCUCUGGGAGGGACGGGAGUACAGGCUGGUCCUGACCGCCCGGCCCGGGGAGUACAGGUGCCGUGCCGGAGAGGUGCUGAGGGUGGCCGGCUUCAACAAGCAGUGUCCCGUGGUGGAGCCCGUGCGCAGGGAGAGCCAGGUGCUGAGCGUGCGGGGCGAGAGCAUCCCCGAGGAGCGCUUCUGCCGGAGCCUGUGCCGCGCCGUGGGCAUGUGGCCGGGCGCUCACCUGAUCGACUACGUCUGCGUGGAGAGCUCCCUGCUGGGCGCCUCCUCGGGGGUCUGCGCCCCCCAUUACGAGGUGUUCGUGGAGCUGCGGGGCCUGAGGGACCUGUCGGAGGGGCAGCGCUACAAGCUGGACCACUGCCUGCAGGAGGAUUUCCCCGUCUAUAAAUCGUUCCGCUUCAAGGGCAGCAUCGGGCCCCUGCGCCUGCACCUGGUGGGGGCCGGGGCUUUCGCCCAGCUGCGGGAGGCCCUGGGCUCCCCCGUCCCCAUGCCCAGGGUCCUGCGGGAGGAGCGGCUGCUGGCCGUCAUCCAGAGCACCGUUAUCUCCUAAGGGCAGCCCGCUCACCACCAGGGUUUGCUUGGCGUGCGCCCGCCGGGGAGGGAUCGGGGCCAGGGGGCAUCUCUAGCGGGGGCGAGGGCACCCAGCCCCGCGGGGUUUGGCUGAGCGGAGCGGAUGGAGGCAGCGAGCUCAACCAUCUGCCUGCUGCCACACCUCUGGAGCCCGCUGCUGGCCCUUCUCAGGACUUUUUGGGGGCACAGAAGGGGACCGUGGGUGUCACCAGGGGCUUUCUGGAUGUGCCAGGCUUGGCCCUGCUAUGCUGAGCGCC